AGAUACAGUGCUAUCACAUUGCCUUUUUCAAGGGGCGGAGACAAAGGUUCCGCUCGUUCUUCUGAGCGCAUAGUGUGCCAAGCAGGGCAUGCAGGUAGCGGACUAGCAGUUGAGUAGCCUACUGGGUGAUUUGAGACGGUGACUUCUGCUGCAGCCUGCAGGUGCUUUGUCUUUGCUUCGUUGCCGGACAGUGAAACAGCGAGACAACGGUGGAGCUGUGAUGGCCUCUUGAAACCAGUUAAACAAGUGUCUCAACGUCCUCAGAUCACAGGCAUUGUAUUAUACUUGUAGACCCUCCCCUUCGUUCACCAUGGAGGCCAGAGGAAAGUAUGACUUCAAUGGCAAAGAAGAAGAUGAGCUCAGCUUCCGGAAAGGAGACAUUCUAAAGAUCCUGGGAUCUCAAGACGAGUGGUUCAAGGCAGAGCUACAUGGUCAUGAGGGCUUCAUACCUAAAAACUAUGUUGACAUGCAAACGCUGAGCUGGUUCAAAGAGAACGCCGGUCGUGGCUCGGCUGAGGAGAUGCUCAUGUCCCGAGAGGUGGGUGCUUUCCUGAUCCGUGGCAGCCAGAGUUCCCCUGGAGACUUCUCUAUCUCAGUCAGACACGAGCAUGAUGUACAACAUUUUAAAGUUAUGAAGGAUAAAUCGUGCCAAUACUACCUGUGGACGGAGAAGUUUACCUCUCUAAACAAGCUUGUGGAGUUCUACAAGACCACCUCCAUAUCCAAGCAGAGGGAGAUCUUCCUUAGGGAUGGAAGUGGGAAUGAGCCACGAGCACCUCCACCUUUAAGGAGUCAACCAGAAGUUCGGCCUUCCCCAGGUGGUGGUUAUGGCGGUCCCCCAACCUCAUCACAACACCGCAACACGACAGAUCAAACUCACAACCAGAAGGUACGAGCAUGUCAGCAGUCAAAUUGA